CUAAUAUUGUCCGCCAAGUGUCCGUCCUCGCGGGCCCGCCUUGCGCAUACAACAGCGAUGUCCCGUCUGCACACCUUCCUGCCCGCUCUUCGUUGCCGUCAGCUGCGUUCUUCCCUCGUCAGAUGAUUGCCCGUCGGUGUGAACUUCACCGUCUCGCGAGUAUCUCAUCUUCUCCGAACCACCUGCCGCGCAAUCCUGCAUUUCAUGCGCAUGCUCCACCCCGGAACGUGCCAAGUAGAAGCGCUCCUCGCCGUUCUUAUAUCGCCUUGCGCAUUCGCCCGCAGCGGACAUCUCCAACCGAGCAGCCAUGGCGACCUCUAGUCUCCUGCUCGUCCUUGCGCUCCAGCUCUCCGGUGCUCUGGCGCACAACAACGGCCUAGCCCUGACCCCUCAGAUGGGCUGGAAUACAUACAGCCAUUUUGGCUGCGACUUCUCUGAGGAUGUCAUCAUGAGUGUAGCUCAGUCUUUCAUCGCCAAUGGACUGCCGGAUUAUGGCUACGAAUAUAUUCUACUGGAUGAUUGUUGGCAAGCUCCAGCGCGAAAUGAAACCACUGGGGCACCGGUAGCAGACCCUACUAAGUUCCCGAACGGACUAGCAUCCCUCGCUGACCAGAUCCAUUCUCUCGGCCUGAAGUUCGGCAUCUACAGCGAUGCAGGGAAGUGCGUGAUUAUGCUCGAUGCUUUCCGGAGACGCAGGCACUUCAACUCGAUUGCUUCUCCUAGAUACACCUGCGGAGGCAGAUUCGCGUCACUUGGUUAUGAGACCAUUGACGCGCAGACGUACGCAGAAUGGGGGAUGGACUAUCUCAAAUAUGACAACUGCUACAACGAGGGGCAGGCAGGCACCCCGAAACUCUCCUAUGACCGUCACGCGAACAUGUCGAAUGCCUUGAACGCGACCGGGCGACCUAUUUUAUAUUCAAUGUGCAACUGGGGCGAGGAUGGGCCUUGGAACUUCGCACCUACAAUAGCUAAUAGCUGGCGUAUCUCAGGCGACAUCUACGAUAACUACGACCGCUUCGACGAGCGAUGUCCAUGUACAUCUAUGCUUGACUGCAAGCUCCCUGGAUACCAAUGCGCGAUGACACGCAUCAUCGAUUUCGUAGCUCCGCUCAGCCAAAAGGCAGGCCCAAACCAUUGGAAUGAUCUUGACAUACUCCAAGUAGGCAAAGGUGGAAUGACUUACGAUGAAUACGUGACGCACUUCUCGAUGUGGGCGCUGUUGAAGAGCCCGCUCAUACUCGGCAACGACGUGACGAGCAUGACGAACGAGACGCUCUCUAUCAUCACGAACGACGCGAUCAUCGCUGUCAACCAGGACGCAAACGGCUCGCCGGUCGAGCGCAGGUGGAACACACCGAUCUCUACGGGCGGCACGCUCUCCCUGUGGUCAGGCAGCCUCGUCAAAAACACCUUCGUCGCCGCACUGAUGAAUACGUCGCCCGACGCGCAGACCGUGAGCGUGAACUUCACGGACGUGUUCAUCGACCAGGGCGCGAGCUAUCAGGCGGGGACGUACGAGAUCUACGACCUCUGGCAGAAGGACGACGCGGGCGCGUGGGGCGCAAGCGUCGGCACAUACACGGGAUCCAUACCGAACGUCCAGAUCGGCGCACACCAGGUGAAGGUGUGGAAGGCUGUGCCGACGAGCAGCGACAGUGCGAGUAGGAGAGAUCUGUCGGAGCUGUGAGGCUGGGUGGGUCUUGAACAGUUGGGUGUCGGACAGUUGGGUUUAUAGAAGCGAAGUUGAGGCGAAUUUAUCAUUAGCCGCCGCCCGGAUUGGUGCACUUGAAGGGCUCGUUCGCGCGACUGCGGGCGCCGACUUGCACGAACCCGAGAACAUUGGCAGUAGCCACUACGUCCGUUGGCUUAAAUUUUCGAGCGUAGAAACAAUCGGCGGACGGGAGGCUCUGGCGUGAUUCAGAUGUGCGAGAGGAUGAAUCCAUGUAGUAGGAUCUACAGUGCCG